AUGUCGGGCAAGUAUGCUUUUACGAAGGCCCUGAAGGAGGUUCGCUUCUUGUUCUGCCAUACUGGAGAGGGUAGUGCUGCGACGAGGACAUUCUUGAACCGAGCAUACCCCACGAUGAAGAAGAACAAUCCAUUCACACCUAUCCUCAUACGAGAAGCUUCCGGCACCUUACCCAAGGUCUAUGCGAGAUAUGAGUUUGGAAAGGAGAAGAGUCAGUCAUUAGAAGGACUCACGGAUAAACAAAUCGAAGACACGGUUGCACAAUUAGUCAGAAGCGAGACUGCAUAA